AUGCAGAAGAAGAAAAGAAUGUGGAAGAGGAAGUUGGUGAUUUUUCGAAAGUUGCUAAAUUAUGUUUUUGCCGUUAAUGUUGUAGCUUUAGUGACUCUGCUAUGUAUGCAUGUUCAUGUCCCUUCCACUGAUAUAACCAUUAAUCUUUGUAAGCACAAUGAUUUUUGGUACCAAAGAUUGAGCGGAGAGCGAAUCUUGACUCAAGAACUUGCCACACCCCAGUUGUCGAAAGCUCCAGUUACUGCUAGCAAGAAUUGGACUGUGGAAGAUUUAUGGAAAUCGCCCCCGAAUAAAGACUAUGUUCACUGUGUUGCACCAAGUUCAUUAUAUAAAUCUCCUCCAGAGUCUCGAGGCUACUUGCUCGUUCAUGCCAAUGGUGGACUCAAUCAGAUGAGGGCAGGGAUAUGUGACAUGGUUGCUGUUGCUCGUAUCAUAAAUGCUACUCUUGUAAUCCCAGAGCUUGAUAAGGGCUCACUUUGGAAGGAUUCUAGCAAUUUCUCUGAUGUGUUUGAUGAAGAUUAUUUCAUUAAUUCUUUGGCAAAUGAUGUAACGAUUGUCAAAAAGCUACCGAAAGAACUUGCAUCUGCAACUAAAGUAGUUAAGCAUUUCAGAAGUUGGUCUGGUGUAGAUUACUAUGAGAAGGAGAUAGCUAGCAUGUGGGAUGAAUACAAGGUGAUUCGAGCAGCCAAGUCUGAUUCAAGAUUGGCAAAUAACAACCUGCCUCCUGAUAUUCAGAAGUUGCGUUGUCGCGCUUGCUAUCAAGCCCUCCGAUUUGCUCCCCCAAUUGAAGCGAUAGGAAAGUUGUUGGUUGAUAGGAUGCGACACUAUGGUCCAUAUAUUGCUUUACAUUUACGCUACGAAAAAGACAUGCUUGCCUUUAGUGGAUGCACACAUGAGCUAUCCCCAAAAGAAACUGAUGAAUUAAGGGCAAUCAGGGAAAGCAUCCCAUGGUGGAAAGUGAAAGACAUUAACCCUGUAGUACAGAGAGCCAAAGGCUAUUGUCCGUUAACUCCUAGGGAGGCCGGGUUGUUCCUUUCUGCUCUGGGGUUCACAUCGAACACCCGGAUUUAUAUUGCUGCUGGAGAGAUAUAUGGAGGUGAUUCUCAUAUGUCUGAUCUACAGUCGCGCUAUCCCUUAUUAUUAAACAAGGAAAAGUUGGCAUCUGAUGAGGAACUCGAACCAUUCAGAAAGCAUGCAUCUCAAUUGGCUGCAAUAGAUUAUAUUGUGUCAGUUGAGAGUCACGUAUUCAUUCCAUCGUACUCUGGGAAUAUGGCAAGAGCAGUUGAGGGACAUCGUCGUUUUCUUGGGCAUAGGAAAACAGUAUCUCCUGAUAGGAAAGCACUUGUCCGGCUUUUCAACAAAAUUGAGCUUGGUACGAUGAAAGAAGGGGAGGAACUCUCAAAUCGCGUUAUUGCUAUUCAUAGAGGAAGGCAAGGAUCGCCUAGAAAUAGGAAAGGACCUACUACAGGAAUCAAGCCAAUGGAUAGGUUCCGUUCAGAAGAGGCAUUUUAUGUAAAUUCGUUACCAGAUUGCUUAUGUCAAAGGGAGUUGGCAUACACAAACGAUUCUCAUGCUAUUGUAUAGUCUAAAUGACACACCAAAUCAAUAUUCUAUGUCUGGAGAGAACAACCUGAACUUGU